CCAAACAAUCAGUAGUGCACAGUUUUAGUUUCGACGCCAUGGCAUUUACACGCAUUGUCGCUUUUACACUUAUUUUAGCAGCCUUCGCGAAUGCCGCACCCGAGGGCCGCAUACUGGAGGGUAGCGAUGCGAGCAGCGGAGAACUCCCAUGGAUCGCCUCGGUGCGCGUAGACAAUGCACAUGUUGCUGUGGGCAAUAUAAUCGACUCAGCACAUAUACUCACCUCAGCGCGUGGACUCUCCGAACUGGGCAGCACAGCUAUCGCCACCUCUCGCAUCACUGUGCGUGUGGGUAGCAUCAAUCAGUAUGCUGGCGGUCAAAUUGUCAACGUCCAAAAUGUUACUAUUCAUCCGAGUUUUGGUAAUUUCCUACACGACCUGGCGGUCAUCACGUUGGAACAGCCAUUGACCUUCAGUAGCAGAAUCGCAGCAAUUGCUUUGGCCACCACCGAAGAUGAUGCAGGAUUGGCUGAAGGCACUGAGGUUACCUUAGCCGGUUGGGGUCUACAAUUGUCGGGUGCGUCACCAUAUAAACUGCAACAGACCACCUUACAGGUCUUGAGUUCGCAUGAGUGUGAAUAUCAAGCUGGUUUCGGUUACGAUUCAGUGUUGUGUUUACAACACGGCGUACAGCAGGGUAUCUCGAGUGGUGAUGAUGGCGCUGGUGUGGUGAGUGGUAACAAGUUGGUCGGCGUGGCGAGUUUCUUCUUCGGCGCUGGUGGCACUAAGUUGCCCGAUGUAAGCACCAGGGUUGCAUAUUACAGUGAAUGGAUCGCAAAUACAAUUGCAGCGUCUACUUACUAGAGGAAAACUUUUGUAUAAAACCAUCGUCUUUACAUU